UCAGUCUGGCAAAGCUAUGGCGCUCGGGCGGGGCUAGUGCUACGCAGCGACGCGUGUUCCGUGCUGGUUUCGCGACGCGGCGACGAGUGGCUGUCAUCUGUGAUGUGACGCGGCGAUGGCUCUGCACGCCGAAGCCUCCCGGGGCGCCGCCGGCCGCCUGCGGCUGGCCUGCUCUCUCGUCUGCUGUUUCCUCCUCGACCUGUGCGCCGGGAAUCUCAACCUGUACCUCAGCCAGCCCGAAGUCAGGCGCCUUCUCGGUCUGGAGGCGGAGCUGUUCUACGUGCGGGACGGCAUGGUCAACACGUACGCGCUCAACUUCGUGGUGCCCGUGCACCCAGGCAUCGAGAGCCUCCACUUCACCUGGCAGUCGCUCGCUGGACGACCGCUGCCGUACGAGGUGUCGGUGUGGGCGUCGGACCUGGAGGCGCUGUGGCCGCCGCAGCUGAACAUCAGCGCGCGCGGCGAGGUGCCGACGUACGCGCAGACGUGGCGCGUCACGCUGCCCUGCACCGGCCGCGCCGACGCCGAGGUGGACGUGGCGCUGUCCGUCAACGUGACGCUGCACCGCGCCACCAACAACGUCACCUCGCUGCUCUUCCGCCGCCGCAAGAUCUGCCGAAAGGGCGACCCCGAGAGCCAGCAGCCGUCGGUGGUGGUGGAUGCGGCGGCCGCCGUGUCGGAGGCGACGCCGACGCUGGUGUUCUACGUGGCGCUGGGCUGCGCAUGCGCGCUCAUCGUCAUCGUGCUGCUCGCCGUCGCGGGCUGCUACCUCAGGACCUCCAAGGCGCGCCGCCACGGGCACAUCCUGCAGGAGUCGCGCCACGGGUCGGCCAGCAGCAGCGCGGCGGGCCACGCCUCCCUGCUGCCGCCGCCCCCGCCGCCGGCGCGCGCCACGUCGGCCGCCUCCAGCAACAGCUACGCCAGCCUCCGCACGUCCGCGGGGCCGCUGCCCGCCCCCGGCGCCGCCGCCCAGCCGCCGACCGACAUCCACGAGCGCAUCGCCCAGCUCACCAUACAGAGGUGUCGUGUGCGUCUGCGUAGUGUGGUUCUUGAAGGAACAUUUGGUAGAGUGUAUCGUGGUUCAUACACUCAUGAAGAUGGCGUGGAAGAGGAAGUGCUAGUCAAAACUGUGACAGAUCAUGCAUCCCAAGUACAAGUUUCAUUGUUACUGCAAGAGGGAAUGGCAAUGUAUGGCUUCAGCCACAAGAAUAUUUUGUCUGUGCUGGGUGUGUCCAUUGAAGACCACACUUCACCUUUUCUCAUUUAUCCAUAUCAUGGUUACACAAACCUGAAAAGGUUCCUGCAGAAAUGUAAGCUGUGCCCGGAAGGUGUAGCACAUACUCUGACAACACAGGAGGUGGUCGACAUGGCACUGCAGAUUGUGGCAGCAGUGCAAUUUCUGCACAAGAAGCGACUCGUGCACCGUGACCUCGCAGCACGGAACUGUGUUGUCGAUGAGAGGCUGCAUGUGCAGCUCACAGACUGUGCUCUCUCACGCGAUCUCUUCCCUGCUGACUACCAUUGUCUGGGUGACAACGAGAAUCGCCCUGUUAAAUGGCUGGCUAUAGAAAGUCUCCUUCACAACAGCUAUUCACCAGCAUCUGAUGUCUGGGCCUUUGGAGUACUACUCUGGGAGCUAACAACGCUGGCACAGCAACCUUAUGCAGAGAUUGAUCCAUUUGAAAUGGCUGCAUACCUCAGUGAUGGUUUUAGGCUUGUGCAGCCUGUAAAUUGUCCUGAUGAACUGUUUGGUGUGAUGGCUUAUUGCUGGGCAAUGAGUCCUGAUGAAAGACCAACAUUCAGUCAGCUCCAAGUGUGCCUUCAGGAUUUCUAUACACAGUUAACAAGAUAUGUGUAGCAGAUCCAGCUUUGCUUGUUUUGCUGCUACAUUUCUGACAUAUCACAAUGCCAUUACAAGCAGAAAUGGAAAAGACUGUAUCACUCUAUAAUGUUGUGUUAAAACAUAAAGUAGGCCAACUUAAGUGAUUGAAAAGUAGGCGAACUUGAGUGUGUGAUGCUGUAACAUUCCAAGAAAUCCUGUUUUACUGGCAUUAUGUGGUUUAUCCUCCAUUAAUUGAACAUCAUUAUUUAAGCACAACAGCCCCUCUAUAAAUUACGUCUGUUGGGUGAUUAAUCUGAGUAACAGCUUCAGAGAUUUAGCAUCUCCUCAUCACCUACAAACUUCUGUGAUUAGUAAUACCUAUACAUUUUAAAACUAUCUCUCUUAUGCUUGUCAGAUUUAUCACUAUAUUAACUACAACAAUUUGAAAUAGUUUUUCUUCUUAGAAACUAUGUUCUAUGCAACAUUUGAGUUGGCCCAGUAAUCCACAUUAAUGAGUGAUAUUGUAGUUUAUCGUCUGGUGCAAAUUAUUAAGUGCCAUAGUCUUUUCUUGUCAUUAAUUGAAACAAGUAUUUAUAACAGUUUUUUUUCUAAUCUGAAACAUACUUAAGAAUCUGUUCCAUGCCACUAUCUUGGCAUAAGCUUAUAUGUAUUUGGCUUCUAAUCAGUUAAUUCCUAUUGACUGAGACUAGCAAAUGAGAAUUUGUUGUUUUCCUUAAUCCAUGUAAUGCUGUGGACAACUAUAAUUGAAAAUUAUCGCAGAAUCUUACAGAGUAACAGAAUUUGAGCUGUAUUGUAAAUCACUAUCCUUCCUUCAAGGACAGGAAUUGUGUUACUUUUACUUUCUGUUGCAUAAGAAAGAAGGUGCUCUCUGUGCGUUUCAUCAGUUUCUGUAUUGUUCACUCUGGUCCAUUAAGAGAGCAUUCAUUCCUAUACUGCACAUCGUGUCAGAAGACAUCUCUACGCAAUGAAGAAGAGUAAGGAGAGCAAAUACUGCUCCUGUUACAAAGCUCUAUAAAGUGCUUUUGUGGACAACAAUGCACAAAAUUUCAUCACCACUGAAGUAUGGCCACAGUGCAGUCUGGAAGAGACCAAUUAUUACCACCAUCACAAGGCACAUCUAGGGAAAGACUAAAUGUCAUUGCCUGCCGUGUUUAGUAGAAGGAGAUGCACAGAAUGAUUCAAAACUGGGCCACAUUCCGUGUGACAUGUAUUAUUACGGGCACUGAUGUACUAUACAUUUUUAAAAUCUCUUGCAUAUUUAAUCUUACAGUACUGUCUGUCAUAUUUUUCUCUAGAAUGAGCCUAGACAUAUUUGAAUUUGUUUCAUUGAAAUAGUUCAUUUCUAAAUCUGAUUUUCAGUUUUUUCACAGAACUUUGAUGUCUUUUAGGUACAAGUGUUUGGUUCCACAAAUAGAAUCUAAAACCUACUGUUCUAGACUAAUUCUCUAACAUUUCUGUCUCUUCAUUUUGUAACUGCUGUGAGAUAUCUAAGUGAACACAUGCGUUCAUGUAGUCUUGCCUGUGCAUCUGCUGAUAAUUAGCAUCAGUAAUUGUAACAAUUUUGUCACAGAGCUCUUUUCUUCAGAGGCUUGUAACUUGGCAUUUCAAGAUAUGAUGAAACGGUAAUGCUCAAUGGCAGUACUGUGUAUUAAAGUGAUAGGACAUCAAACACAUCAGUCAUGUGGAGAUUCUAAUAAAUUGUUUCUUCCACUCUGUGGAGGCGCACGUUAAAGCUAAAUAAUAUAACAGGAAACACAAAAAAUAUGAAUAACAUUUAAAUCUAAGACUGUGCAUAGGUGAAAAAGGAACAAUGGCAAUUCUGAUCAGAUGUGUUCUAGCAUUUGUUGAUUGACAUGAUAUUGGUUUUUGGAUCAUAUUUAAAUAUUACUACAAAUUUAUGACAUGGUUGUCCAGACAUAUAAUUGGGAAGUUCUAAUGAUUUUUAACGAUUUUUUAUCUUCACUUUUUCAUGCCUUUUUAUCACUACAUAAUUCUGACUACCCAGUAUAGAAAAAUACACAUAAUACCUAAACACUGUUUAUGAGUAAUUUUGAUCUCUGAGCCUCAGUCAACUUCAAUCUGCUGGUUAGGCAUAUACAGAAUAUCUGAUACUUAUUUUGAUAAUGUUGUGCUGCUCUCCUUUGUUCUUGUACCAUUUAUUUACCUGAUCAAAGUGAAUUAGUGGUCAUAUGUCCACUUUCACACAUGCACUAUUUUGAAUCUUUUUCUAGGUUUCUAGUUUGGAUCAUAAAAAAUUUAAUUUGCACAGUGUCAGAGUCUGCAUCAUCUUUUGACCAUGCUUAUCAGACAACUUUUUUAUUUGUUGAAUUCCAUAGUUUACUAUCAGUCUUUUGUAUCAUUAAGUUUUAACACUAAUAUUGUGACUGUGAAUGUUUUGUCAAGAAGCAUUAAAUAAAAGCAGUGCAUCAUUUUAUUGAUCUGCUAUUGGAAGGAAAUUGUAUUAGUAGCUAUUGUAGGUACUAUUAUGCUAUCAAGAAAUAUUUGUAUUCAGUAUUCAGACUUUCUAGAGCUUUUAGAGAUAAAUGUGGGAAUUGUAUGAAGAAUAUUUUAAUUCUUACAUGGAAGUGUCCUUUGCAAAUUUUGUACACUUUAAAAGAGAUGAUGUUUGUAGCAGUAGGCUCUUUUACCAUAGCCUUACCAGCUGUUUUUGAGGUAUACUUAAUAAAAAAUCAUGACCAAUGUGCCCUUAUGAUAGAGAAGCUGGCAAGCAGUACAAAAUGUAACUGAUAAAGUGCCCAUCCCCUGCCUUUGCCUGUGAUGAUCUCAGAUUUCUUCAGUACAGUAUAUUAGGUAAAAGUGCCAUUACAUUAGAUGGAAGUGGUCUCAGAUAUUUAUAGACAUGUAGAACUUGCUGUAGAGACUGUCAUGUAGUAGCACAGUGUCAAUAGACAUGCUUCCAAAUUAAUGACAAUCGUACUAUUUAUGUCAGAGAAUUUUUCAGGAAUGAGAUUAACAUUUUAUGUCAUAAGUUUAAACGAAGUGAUGUAAGUGCAACAUUCACUGAUAUCAUCAUUUGAGAGACCUCUAUGGUUAUCUUGUUUUUGCAGUAUAUUCAUAAAUUUAUCCAAAGCACAAGAAAUUGCAGCCUUUGACUUGUACCGACACCAGAAUGCAUAUCAUAAAGAUAUUUUAAUGUAAUACACUGCAAAUAUUAUCAUACCAUUGAACAUAGAUCUUCCAUACAGUUUUUGUACAUAUAACAACCAUUUCAGUAAACAUAUUUGAGACAGUUGCUCAUGGAUGUUAUUAACUGCUACAAAAUGAGUUAUCAUUCCUUCAAGUGAACAUAUGACUGUAUAGUUUUAAGAGACCCUUAUAAUAUACGAACAUUGUAAAUAUGGCUGUAUAUAAGAUUUUUCUGUAAACAUUUGUAAAUAAUUUGAAUAUUAUUUAUUUCAUAUAUUGUAAAUCAAAGUAUAAAAAAGUAUUUUUAUUGUAAAAUUAUUCAUGUACAUAUUUAUAUUAAUUA